AUGCUCCGCGACCGACCAGAAACCACUCUGAUUCAGUUCCGCAUUGGACCGCUUACCUUUGAAGGAAUUCGAACGUUGGACGGCGAUUCACACUUACGUCCGAAUUCAUCGUUUUCGGCUCAGUGGAUCGUGCGGCCCGUCCAAAAUUCUCGUCUCACUCGCGUUGAACGAUAUCAGGUCAGUCCAGCAGUAGGAAAUUUUUUAUACAGCCUAAUGUUAUUGAAUCGGUCGAUAGUCAGAAGGAAUUCGAUGCAGAAAGUUGUUGUGGUAAAAUAG